CAGCUGCCGACUUCAGCGUCACAGCCGCGGAGCAGCACAGGAGCCCCCCCGCUGACCGGUCCCCCUCCUCAGUCACAGAAAGAAACAGUUUCAUCGAGCAACGAGUCAUUGAAGCAACCACUCCCAAUUUUCAUAUUUUGAAGGCCUUCCAAAAAGCCAGCGGCAAGUCUCCACUCUGAACCAGGAGAUAUUUAAAUGCCGCUACCCACAAUCCCCUGAAGUAACAACCUUGUUCGAAUCUCAUUAUGUCCCUUUUUCAUUGUCUAUACUUAAACUCGCAGCCCCGGAUCCUCCUACCUUGUUGAGUUAUUGUUUAAAGCGACCAUAUUUUCACUAUGGAUUGUUAUAGACUUGCUGCUCAUCUGGACACAAGUGUUGGACGCAGUUGGGACCACGAUGAAUUUGAGGCUAAAUUGCAUCAUCCAACCUGGAGAGUAGUUUGACCCAUUGCCUUUCGAGCACCACUUGUCAUCCUCUGUUUCUCUUGUCCCAAGUGGAUCUUUGGCCAAGUUACCCACGGUUGACAUGGAUGGGAGGACUGACAGUUCGUCACAGACCACAGCUCGGAUGCUUGUGUUUUGGACGCCUCUCUCUCACGUUUUUUCUUCAGCAAUAUAAAAAUUGUUUGGAGAAGAUGGGAAAGAGACACUUGUAAAGUCAUGGAGAUAUCUGUGACCUUAUAAUGCAAAAUAAGUUGAUUUGAUCCUUCAUUUGUCAAACUGGGCUUCCUUGUAUUUCUUUUUUAAUGAAAGGAUAUUUUCACAGCAUCCUUUUGUUCUGUCUCACAGUCUAAGGCCUGUGUGGCCUGACAGUCGGGCCUCUUUUAAGGGCCCCAAAGGAGGCAUAUGAGAAAUUUUGGAACCUGAAAACUUUGAUCUGAUAUCCUUGUGGAUUAAGACAAACAAACAGUAGUAGGCACCGUGACCGUUUGUCGUGUUGUGGUGGCAUGGCAACAGACCACGGCGAGCUGCUCGCUGAAAUGGCCACGGUUGGGCGUCUGAGUGCCACCGAACGCCUGAAACACGCCCAGAAGCGGCGCACUCAGCAGCUGAAGACCUGGAUGCAGAUGGAGAAGGAUUCAGUGCGAGGGUCGAGGGGCAAGGCAGAUAAGAAGAAGGCACGCACAAUCAAAGUGACGUUCCCCAACACCGUCACCCUUCUAGAUGCAGCUGCACGCAAUGACGUGGAGGAAGUGAGGGAGCUGCUCAACAGUGGCAUCAGCCCAGAUCUGGUCAACGAGGAUGGACUGACAGCCCUUCAUCAGUGCUGCAUUGAUGACUUUGUGGAGAUAGUGCAAUGCCUGCUGGAUGCUGGUGGCUGUGUGAAUGCCUGCGACAGUGAGUUGUGGACACCGCUGCACGCUGCUGCCACCUGUGGACACACUGGUCUAGUGCAGCUCCUGAUCCAGGCUGGGGCUGACCUGCUGGCUGUCAAUGCAGACGGCAACAUGCCCUAUGACCUCUGUGAGGACGAUGCCACUCUCGAGCUGCUGGAGACGGUUAUGGCUGAACAGGGAAUAACACAGGACCGUAUAGAUGAAUGCAGAGGAGCUAAGGAGGCGGCCAUGCUAGCCGACAUUCGGGCUCUGAUUCAGAACAAAGCAGACUUAAACGCUCAGGACAAUAAUGGAGCUGGACUGCUUCAUAUAGCAUCUGCUAAUGGCUACGCAUCAGUGGCAGAGCUGUUGCUGGACAACAGGGCUGAUGUGGAGGUGAAGGACGCUGAUGGCUGGACACCGCUACAUGCUGCCUCCUGCUGGGGACAGAUCCAGAUGGUGGAACUGCUGGUAGCACAUGGAGCUAAUCUGAACAGCAAGUCUGUCCUGGAGGAGACGCCUCUGGAUGUGUGCGUGGAUGAGGAGGUGAGAGCCAGACUAAUGGACCUAAAGCACAAACAGGAUGCCAUCAUGAAGAGCCAAGACCGGCAGAAGGGCACACUGCAGAGACGGGCCUCCAGUACCGGCAGCAGAGGUAAGGUGGUGCGUCGUGUCAGUGUGAACGAGCGUUCAAGUCUGUACCGACGAGAGCACCACAAAGAGGCCAUGGUGUGGCAGGAGCGCGGUCGACAGCCUGAUCCACAGGAUGACGAUGAGGACAGACAGACGGACAAUGAGCUGCACCAACACGCCAACACAGCUGCUGGUUCUACAGCGACAUCCCGAUUAGAGGAACUGGAAGCUGCAGACAUGAAAAUAGUGUCCAGCCUUGGUAAUGGAGGGACAUCUGUUUCCCUGGCUGCCUCUGUGCCUGGAGAGCUGUGGAGCGGUGGAGGUCGCAUGGAGCGCAGCGCCUCCUACCAGCUCAGCCCUGUAUCUGCAUCUGGAGCGGGGUCCGGGCCUGCAGAGGGCGAGGGGGCAGACAAUAUGAAUCGAGAGAAGUCGCACCAAACUCUGGCCGACCUAAAACGCCAGCGGGCAGCUGCCAAGCUCAAUAAAUACCCUGCACCUCAGCCACCACUGCCUCCUUCCUUAGAGGAGGAGCCUUCAUUGGAAGCAGGCGAGGUUACAACCGCUGAGGCCGAUCCCGAGCUCCAAGAGACGCCCAGUCCAGAGCAGCCGGCUUCUCCAAGCCAGGUGUAUUUCACCCCAGCCAGUGGAGAUCCUCCAUUACUGAAACUUAGAGCCCCCGAGGAGGACCAGUCUAACAACAAGGAGCCCUGCUGUGGACUCAUGUAGACUCACUCAGACAUUAACGCAUCCUGCCUGCAGAGGAGCUCGGGGCUGUCGCAUAAAGUGGCAAAAAGAUUUCAAAACAACACGUUUGUAAAUGAAUCACUUAAGACUGAAAGUUAAGGCCACGUGCCAGUGAGGGUUCCGUUCAUUUCAGAUUACUCAAGUGCAAUCCACAGAAUGGGGUCUCUUUGCUUAUAUUUUUCAAUCAACAUGAUUCAUCUACACUUUAUGCUCAAGAUCCCUGAUGCUCCCUCUUGAUUAGAGGCACCACAUAGACUGUAUAUAGAGAUGGAUUCUGCGCAGUAGGAAUCGUGGUGUGAAGCUGCGAUAUCGCGGUCUCGCCAAUACAUGUGCUUGCUAUCUAAACUGUCAAUCAAGACAUUUGACCAAUCUAUAACAUCCAAUAACAAAUUAAUACCAAACUUACUGAAUUAUGAGCACUUGGACAUACAUCAGUGUGAUUAGAACUACCAGAAAACAUUUGGAGAAAACAUUUUUUUAGUUUGAUCCAUGCCCCAUCCAAUUAAAUGGAGGAGGCGGGGUUUAUGAGCCAGCCACUGGCGAUCAAGUGGAGAUCAAGUGGAGCUGUCAUGUCGUCCAUCUACAUUACACAGUCUGAGUGAUCUGAUGGACUCGCUUGGAGGACAAAGGUUUCUUGUUGCAGUCACAAAGCAAAGCAAAGAAUCACACAAGGAGACUCAAUGUUUUUUAUGAGAAAAACUAUUCACACAUAUUUAAUAUUCUGUUAGACCUGACCUCAUCAGACAUAAAAUACUUUUGUUCUGUCCUUUCUGCUUUGGAUAUAAAAAACAGUCCGACAUAACUGUUAUUCAUAAAAGCCUGGUAAUCAGCAGAGCAAAGCAAAACUACUCUCAGUGAGAAACUGAAGAAUAAUUCCUCUACUUAUUUACAAUAUAUCUUUUGCCUUAUUUUGAUAAUCAGAUAAUAAUUAUUUCCAGUGGCUCUUUUCUAUUCUCGUGUUAUAAUUUUGUUUACAUUUCACCUUGUUGAAUUUCACUUAUAAACGUAGCUAUAAACAGAUAUACCUGCAAGUGGCAGUGGUUCUCUCAUAGUUAGUGCUAUAUCUAUGGUUCUGAUGUUGUCAAUUGUUAUUAACGGCUCCAUCUAUUUCUCAUGAACACACGCAUAGCAAAAACCCAGAGUUCACUGAGGUGGUUGAUGGCCAGCGUCAUGUUAGACGUCUGAUGUUCUGCUCAGUGAAGCAAGAUAACUGAGAUAUCCUGGGUAUGUUGAGCGUGCUUUGUGGUACAGGCCUUGGAUGUUCUUACCUGUAAAACUCUUACAACAUCAUAACAUUGAUACAACAUGUGAAUCCACACAGUCCAGGUCGAUAUGACCCACCAAGGAAAUGUCCCAUCUUUCCCUGCCAAAAAUGAGUCACAAAGCUUCACAUAAUCAAAACAGGAAGUGUACAAGAUUUACACACAUGGUUGGGGGAUUGCUUUCUCACUAUGGUUUCAUUAACUUCUCUUACGCUCCAUUUAUGCAACUGUUCUCUUGCUUGAUUAUUUUCUGGGACUGAAAAUGUUCUGAAUACUUUUAUCAUCUUUCCAAUGCACAAAAAAGCCCAAAUUUCAAUAUGUGUUCUUGUGCAAUUUAUAAAUUAUAUGCUCUCUCUUUAUAUUUCUAUUUUUCUAGCCUCUGAAUGGAAUCACAUUAUUUAUUCUAUCUGAUACUGAAUGUUGCUCACAGUGUACAGUUAUUGUACCAUUUUAUAAAAGAUGAAUAUAUAAAGAUUUAGACUGAGGGCAAGAUAUUUUUAUGCUAACACAUGUAUUGAAGAGAUGGAAAAUAUGAUAAUUUUUCUAAAGUUGAUGUCUUGAAUUUUGAUAACACUUUAGGUUUGCAGUUCUUGCACAAAGUCGCACGUGUAAAUUUGGUGAGUGGUGAAAUGAAAUGACCUGUCAGACAAUCUGAUGUACUGUCAGUGCAAUUUCUGUAUUGCAUUUCAAUUGUGUUAGUGAUUUAUAAAAACAAAAUGUUUUCACA